AUGGCGGACCCCGCCGCGCAGAUCCAAGAGGGGAUCGAUGUGGUGAAGGAGCAGACGCAUGCCGCAGGCCUCUUGGGGCAGGGGCUGCUCGAGCACCAGCGCCACCUCGAGGCGCUGCUCGACGAAUUCAAUGACCCAGCACGGCGCCUGAGCGCAGAGGAAGAGGAGCAAGCCCUGGCCGAGCUGCAGGACCUGCACGAGCAGCGCGACAAGCUGCUCGAGCAGCUCAGCGCGGCGCUGAGCCUGUCGAAGCAGGCGGCACCGCGCACGAUGCCGUUCUUUGCGAGCGCGCCCAGCAGCGCGUCGGACGACGUCGACCGCCUCAGGCACGACAAGGACGAGGCGGCGCGCCAGGUCGAGGUCGUCAAGAUGCGCGUCGCAGACCUCGAGACAAAGCACGACGCGUUCAAGCAGGAAAAUUGGGACCUGUACGUGGCACACCAGCAGCUCGAGGAGCAGCUCGCACAGCGCGUCGCGGCGCAGAACAAGGCAGAGAGCGAGCGCCAGCGCCUCGCGUCCGAGCUCGCACAGAUCCGCGACUCGGUCGAAACCCAGCGCAUCGAGCUCGAGAUGAAGGAGGAAGAGGUGCGCAAACUCCAAAAGCAGCACGAGACCGACCAGGCCGUCGCUCGCCGCGACCGCGCCGGCUUCCGUCGGAACGUCUCCGACUUGCAGGGGCAGCUCAAGCGCAUGCAGGGCACCGGGCAGCGGGGGCAGCGCAUCGUCACACCGUCCGCCGAAGUGGCACCGGCGCCGGCGCCAAAGGAGGAGGCGGCGGCCGACGACGCGUCGCACCUCCGGCACCGCUUUGCGCUGGACGAGGGCACGGGCGAUGCGCCGGCGAUGCCCAUCGCGAACGCCGAGACCGAGGAGCUGCGCUCCAAGCUCGCGAUCGCCGUCAAGCGCAUGGGACGCGAUAGCCAGCAGCAGCGCCGCCUGCGCGAGCAGCUGACAGAUCUCAAGCGCAUGCUCGCAAGUGCGGGCAUGCACUCGCCGGACGACGACGACGACGAUCUGGACGAGGGAAACGACGACGAGGCGUGGAUCACCGAGGCGAUCUCUGCCGCGCCGCCCAAGCCGCGCCCGCUGCGCCGCCGGGGCGCAAAGCGGAUUGUCUCGCGCGAGCUGUCGGUGCCGAGCGUGCCCGAAGUGCCGGAGAAUGCAGACUGGAUCGACGACGACCUCGGCGACGAGAGCGUCAUUAUCCGCGACCACCCGCUCGACCCCGGCCUGUUUGGCAGCCACGUCUCGCUCGCCGAUCAGGCCGGCCUGCGCUCGCUCACGAAGCGCUCGCCGAGCGGCGUGAUCAACACGGGUGCCCUCGGCGCCGAACUCGAUGCUGAGGGAUACACGGCGCAGCCCGAGAUGGUCGACGUCGGUAUCAUGACCGAGGGCGAUAUCGUGCAAGAAGCGCUCGAAAAGGCACACCAGGAGCACGCUCAGGCCCUUGCCGAGCUAGAGCAAAAAUACAAGGCCGAACACGAGCGCACGGUCGGCCAGCACGCCGCUGUCCUUGCCUCGCUCGAGCAGCAGCACACGUCACGGCUGCAGUCGGCACUGUCGGAACGCGACGAGGAGCACGGAACGCGCCAAAAGGAGGCGCAGGACACGCACACUGCCGCGCUCGCCAAGCUCCAGAGCGACCACGAGGCGGAUAUUGCGCGCGCGCGUGCCGAGCACGACAGCGUCCUCGACCAGCUCAAGCGCGAGCACGCCUCGUCCCUCGACGAGCGCAGCAAGGAGCAGGCCAAGGCGCUGGCUGCCAAGGAUGUCGAGCGCGAGCAGGCGCUUGCGACGCUCGCCGACGAGCACCGCCGCGCCACGCAGUCGCUCACCAGCGAGCACCAAGCCAAGGAGGCCAAGCACACGGCCAAGGUCGACCAGCUCGCCAAAGACCAUGCGGCCUCCCUCGAGAGCCUCCAGAAGGAGCACGCCGCACAGGCCGAUACCCUCAAGCGCGAGCACGCCAGCACGGUCGAGGUGCUCAAGAGCGAGCAUGUCAAGGCGCUGAAAUCGAACGCUGCCGAGCUCGACGACAAACACAAGUCGGCGCUCUCUGCCAAGGACGCUGCCCACGCCGCCGCGCUGGCCGCCCUCGAGGCGACGCAUACCGAUGCAUUUGCGGCGCACCGCACCGAGCACGACGAGCGCGUGCGCUCGCUCAACGACAGCCAUGCGUCGGCGCUCGCUGCCAAGGACGACGACCUUGCUACGAAGCUCGGCGCGCUCAAGAAGGAACACGCCGAUGCACUGGCUGCUGCGAAGGACGAGCAUACAAGCGCGGUACAGACGCUGCAGAAGGAGCACGAAAAGGCGCUGGCCGACAAGGAGGCUGCGUACACUGUGCUGUCUACCGACUUGGAGGCGGCGCUUGCAAGCCACGACAAGGCGCUCAAGGACACCGAGGACAAGCAUGCGGCAGAGAUUGCCGAGCUCAAGAAGACGCACGGCGAGCAGCUUGCAUCGGCAGAGGCAGCCAAGGCGCAAGCUACCAAGCAGCUCGAAAAGGAGCACGAAACGUCCAUCCAGAACAAGGAGGCCGAGCACGCCAAAGCCCUGGCGUCGCUCAAGGACGAGCAUGCCAAGGCCCUGCAGAGCAAGGACGACGAGAUCGCCGCGGCUCGCGAGGCCUCUGAGAAGGAGCACAAGGCCUCGCUCAAGAGCAAGGACAAGGAGCACAAGGCCGCGCUGGCCGAGGCGAUCAAGACCAAAGAGGCCGAGCAUGCCAAGGUCAUUGCAUCCCUCAAAGACGAGCACACCGAGGCGAUCAAGAGCAGGGACGCCCAACACGAGUCGGCCCUUGCUUCUCUCAAGGACGAGCAUGCGGCUGCGCACCAGCGCACGGUGGACGAGCACACUGCAGCUCUUGCAUCGCUCAAGGACGAGCACGCUGCUGCACUCGAGGGUAAGGACGCCGAGCACAAGGCGUCGCUUGCGGACGCCGUCAAGGCCAAGGGUGCCGAGCUCGCUUCGGCUCUUGACUCGCUCAGGAAAGAGCACACGGAUGCCAUCACGAGCAAGGAUGCCGAGCACGGCUCGGCGCUCGCCUCGCUCAAGGACGAGCACAAGUCGGCUCUUUCCUCGCUUAAGGACGAGCACGCCAAAGCUAUCGCCUCCCUUGAGAAUGAGCAUGCCUCGGCCAUUCAGAGCAAGGUGGACGAGCUCAAGGCCGCUCGCGAGGCAUCUGAAAAGGAGCACAAGGCCUCGCUCAAGAGCAAGGACAAGGCGCACAAGACGGCGCUUGCCGAGGCAGCCAAGAGCAAAGAGGCCGAGCAUGCCAAGGCCCUCGACACGCUCAAGAAGGAUCACGCAGCGUCGCUUCAGAGCAAGGAGGAUGAGCACAACAAUGCCCUCACUGGCAAAGAGGCCGCGCACGCCAAGGCCCUCGCCUCGCUCAAGGACGAGCACGCCGCGGCACUCAAGAGCAAGGAUGCCGAACACGCCACGGCACUUGCCUCGCUUAAGGACACGCACGCCAAGGCACUCGAGGGCAGCGAUAGCGAGCAUGCAUCGGCCCUCGAGGCUGUCAUGAAAGAGCACAUCGACGCGAUGAAGAGCAAGGCGAGUGAGCACGCCGAGGCCCUCGAGGCCCUCGAGAAGAAACACGCCGAUGCGCUUCAGAGCCGUGAUGCCGAGCACACAUCGGCCAUCGAGUCGCUCAAGAACAAGCACGCCGAGGCUCUUGCCUCGCUCAAGGACGAGCACAAGAGUGCUCUUUCCUCCAAGGCGACAGAGCACGCGUCGGCUCUCGAUACACUCCGGAAAGAGCUGGAGGAGGCGCUCAAGAGCAAGGAGGACGAGCACUCUUCUGCCCUCGCCUCGUACACCAAGGAGCAUGCCGACAAGCUCGAACAGAAAGAAGCCGAGCACGCUUCUGCUCUCGAGACCCUCAAGAAGGAGCUUGCCGACACCCUCCAGGGCAAGGAGAAGGAGCACACCGAGGCGACAACGGCCAAAGAGGCAGAGCACGCGUCCCUUCUCGAGUCGCUCAGGAAGGACCACGCCGAUGCGCUCGAGGCCCUCCAGAAGGAGCACAGCGAAGCCCUUGCCGCUGCCAAGGAAGACAGCAAGUCUGCUGCCAGCAAGCUCAAAAAAGAGCACAAGGCCGCUCUGUCAAGCAAGGACAAGGAGCAUGCUACCUCGCUCGAGGCGCUCAAGAGCGAGCACACCGCCGCGAUCGAGCAGCUCAAGAAGGAGCACGACGAGGCAGCUGCGGCCAAGGACGGUACGCACGCGUCGAACCUGGACAAGCUCAAGGAGGAGCACGACGCUGCGCUCAAGAGCGAAGCGACGAAGCAUACCGCGGCCCUCGAAGAGCUCAAGAAAGAGCACCAGGCCGCUCUGGACAGCAAGGUUGCCGAGCACGCCUCGGCGCUCGAGAAGCUCAAGGAGGAACACGCCAAGGCCCUCGCCGCUACGGUCAAAGCACUCGAAGAGCACAAGGCCAGCGCAGCGGCAAAGGAGACCGAGCACGCCUCGCUCCUCGAGUCGCUCAAGAAGGAGCACGCCGAUGCCGUCUCGGCCAAAGACUCGCAUCACACUUCUCUCCUCGAGUCGCUCAAGAGCGACCAUGCCUCGGUCCUCGAGAGCCUCGCCAAAGAGCACUCCGAAGCCCUUGCCUCGGCCACAAGCAAGCAGGCCGAGCAGCACCAGGCUGAGCUCGCUUCGAACGUCCAGGAGCACACUGCCGCCUUGGACAGUCUCCAGAAGGAGCACGAUGCCUUGCUCCAAGGGCUCAGGAAGGAGCACAGCGAAGCGCUCAGCGCAGCUACAUCCGAAAAGGACGCGGCGCUGCGCGACCUCCAAAAGUCGCACGAGGCUGCGAUCGCAAGCAAGGAGCAAGAGCACAUGUCUGCUAUCGACACGCUCAAGAAGCAGCAUGCCGACUCGCUAUCUGCGGCGAUGGGUGAUCAAGAGUCUGUCGUCAUCGAGCUGCGUGCGGCGCACGAUGCUGCGCUUGCAGACAAAGCCAAGGAGCACGAUGCGGCGUUUGCAUCGCUCAAGACGGAGCAUGCCGACGCGCUCUCUCAGGCCGUUGCCGACAAGGAGUCUGCACUGGCCGAGUUGCGCUCCUCGCACGACACGACCCUCAAGGGUCAGGGCGAAGAGCACAGCCGCGCAUUGGGCGCGCUCGAGUCGGAGCACCGCAAGGAGCUCGAGGCGCUCCUGGGCGAACACGCCGAAGCGCUGGCCAAGGCGCAGUCUGCCCAGGACGCAUUGGCCGCCCAGCUCAAGGACGAGCACGCCUCGGCCCUGUCGCACAAGGACGAGGAGCACCGCGCUGCGCUCGAGGCUCUUCAGAAAGAGCACGCCGCAGCGCUUGCUUCGGCUACGGCCGACCAGGACGCGUCCAAGAGCGAGCUGCAAGCGAGCCACAAGGCUGCGCUUGCCAAGCAGGCCGACAAGCACACGUCUGCGCUCGAUGCACUCAAGAAGGAACAUGCCGAGGCCGUGUCCAAGGCCGUUUCCGAGAAAGAGUCGGAGCACACGGCCGCGCUCGAGAACCUGCAGGAAGAGCAUGUUAUGGACAAGGCUUCUGCGCUGCACGAGCUGGAAGAGAAGCAUGCGGCUGCGGUGGCCGAGCACACUUCGAUCUUGGACGAGCUCAAAAAGGCGCACAGCGACGACCUCGCAGCGGUGCGUGCCAAGCACGAAAGCACCGUGGCCGCGCGCGACGCAAAGCACACCGACGAGCUCGCUGCGCUCAAAAAGGCGCACGAAGCGGCGCUUGCGUCGUCCGAUACCGACAUGGCCGCUGCUCUCUCUGCCAAGGAGGCGGAGCACGAGGCGUCGGUCAGUGCGCUCCAUGGCGAGUAUGCCAAGGCGCUGUCGGCCAAAGAGGCCGAGCUCAGUGCUGCGCUCGAAGCUGCCAAGGCCGAGCACGCCAAGGCACUCGAAGCUGCCAAGGCCGAGCAUGCCAAGGCGCUCGAUGCGCUCCGGAGCGAGCACGAAAUCGCGCUGUCCUCCAAGGGCACCGAUCACACGGCGGCCCUCGGCGCGCUCAAGAGCGAGCACGAGGCGGCGCUGUCCUCCAAGGAUGCCGAGCAUACCAGCGUCCUCGAUGCCCUCAAGGAGGAGCACGCCCAGGCCCUGUCGAAGCUCGAGACCGAGCACGCUGCGGCGCUCACCGACGCCGGUGCACAGUACGGUGAGCGCGACGAGGCACGCGUCAAGGCGCAUGCCGACGCCAUGAUGGCCAAAGAGCUCGACAAUGCACGUGCUAUAGACACGCUCACCAGCGAGCUUGAGCGGCAGCAUGCCGAGGCGCAGUCGAAGCUUGCCGAGGACCAUGCCAAGGCGAUCUCUGCGUCCGAAGCAUCCCAAGCAAGCACCAUUGCCGACCUGCAAAAGCAGCAGCAGACCGAGCUCGAUGCGCGUGCUGCCGAGCACGCCGCUGCGCUCGCGUCGCUCCGCGCCGAGCACGCCGCGCACCUCGAGGCACUUGAGGCGGAGCAAGGCACGAAAGACGCUGCUGCGCACGACGCGCUCAAAAGCGAGUAUGAGGCGAAGCACGCCGCGCUGCGUGCCGAUAUCGAGAGCGAGUACAAGGCGAAGCAUGCCGCGGCGCUCAACGACGUCAAGGAGGAGUACAACACGACGCACGCCUCGAUUAUCGAGACGCUCGAGGCGGAGCAGGCCGCAAAGCAUGCGCUUGCAAUCGAAGCGAUGCAGCAAGAGCACGCCGACCUGCUCACGCAGCGCGAUGUGGCGCACACCGAGCAGCUCGAAGCGCUUGCGCAGCGUCUCUCUGACGAGCACACUGCGGCGCUCGCGCGCCACACGGAGGAUCUCGGAGUGAAGUUUGACGCGGAGCGUAUCGCGGCGCUGCAGGCGCUCGAGGAGCAGCAUGCCGAGGCGAUGCUCGACCGUUCGACCGCGCAUGCCACUGCCCUCGACGCGCUCAAAGGAGAGCACCAAGCCGGCGAUGGCGAACUUGCGGCGUUGCGCGAGGAGCUUGCGUCGCAGCGCGACGUGUUUGCGCAGAUGCAGGCCGACCGCGAGCACUUUGAGGCGCUGGUGGCUGAGCUGCGCAAGCAGCUUGCCCUGCGCAACAGCGAGGUCGAGGCGCUCGAAGGCAUGCGCCGCUCUGCGUCCGAGGCGCACUCGCUCGCGUCGACCUCGGCGCAGUCGCAGCUCGACACGGUUCGUGCCGAGAAGGAGGCUGCGGCGCGGCGUGCCGAUGCGCUCGAGCGCGAGCUCAACGAGCUCCGUGCCGAGCUGGCAUCCGUGCGGACGCCGCCUGCGCCCAUCUCGCGCCACCAGCGUGGCGAGUCGAACGCGUCGUCGGCAAUGACGGUCGACACGUCCUUCCACGACGCCGAGUCCGAGCAAGAGCACGACAUUCCCGAGUGGGUCGGCCGUCCGGCUGCUGCGCCCCUUGCGCUUCCUGCGCACAUGCGGCACAUUGACCCCGAGGUGGCCGACGCGAUUUUGCAGUGCAUGAUCGGCGAGUACAUGUACAAGUACACGCGGCGCGGCAUCUUUGGCGGUGCCGAGAAGCGGCACAAGCGCUACUUCUUUAUCAACCCCUACAACCGCUCGAUUCACUGGACCGACAAGGACCCCAGCACGACGCCCGGCGGCCGUUCCAAGACGGCGCACCUCGCGCAGGUCGCGCUUGCUGACGACAACAACCAGCAGCCCCCCGGCCUGUACUGCCAGAGCAUUGUGAUCGGCACAGGCCGGCGCGAGAUCAAGAUCACGGCGCCGACCAAAGCGCGUCACCGCAUCUGGUGCACCGCGCUUGGGUGCCUGCUGCAGAAAGGCGACGCGCUGUCGGCAGACCCCGCCCCCCCCUCGGUUCCCCUGGAGCUUGGCGGGCGCGACGAGCACGAAAGCGGGACGUUGACGGCCCGCGCCAAGAGCGUGCUGCGCCGUCGUCCCGACGAAGCGAAAGGCGAUCUGUCGCCCAGCAAGACGCUGCGAAACACGCGCACGUCGUCGCGCAUGUCCCGUGUCACACCCGUGUACUCUGUGUUGAACGACCCCAGCGAUCCACACGCGCCCAGCCGCUCGGGUCCCCGCUCCAGUCGGCGUGCGAACCCCGAGGUGCGUGGGACGCUCACGCACGACGCGCCCGAGGAGCCCCUGUCCUCUGGCCACGCGUCGCGUCUUAGUCUCCCGUUCCGCAAAUAA